GAUGACGUGGGCUGAAAGAAUUCCAGUGGAACUCGGAAGAGAAGCGACUGUUGUAUUCUAAAUCAAGAGAUAGAAAUGAAAUCGAAGAUCUAGACCCCUGGCUGCCAUGGAGUCCGAGGGGAAUGUGCUCCGCGUGGACUUCCCAAACUUCUCCGGAACCCUGCUGCAGAAGCUCAACCAGCAGCGGCAGAGGGGCCAGCUCUGUGACAUCAUCGUAGUCAUCCAGGGACACCAGUACCGUGCUCACCGGGCCAUCUUGGCCGCCAGUUCGCCCUACUUCUGCGACCAAGUACUCCUUAAAAACAGUGCCCGCUGCGUUUUACCUGACGUCAUGCACCCGUGCGUGUUCGAACGUCUCCUCCUCUCUUGCUACACGGGCACCCUGCACCUACCUGCCGGCGAGGUGGUAGCUUUCCUCACGGCAGCUAGCUUCCUCCAGAUGUGGCAUGUGGUGGACAAAUGCACUGAGCUCUUAGAGGUGGUAGGAAGCGGCGCUAGCACAUUAGUGCACAAGUCUGCUGGUGGGCUGAGGGACAGGUCUUUCCCUGGGGACAGCAGUUACCACAGCCCUGGGGACGGCUCUAUGGGCCUGGAGGACGGCGGAGGAGGAGGAGCAGUAGAGGGCUUUGCCAAAAUGGAGAUGGACCAGCUCCUGGAGAACAGCUUCUCCCCACCCACUCUGGAGAAUAACAGCACCCAGCCCAGCGGAAGCUGCUCGCCACCGGUCGACCACGACGGCUCAGGUAGCGAGGUCGCCAGCCAGGAUGGGGAUGUUGAGGAGGGUGGCGAAGGGGACUAUCAGUACUCCAGACCGGCCUAUGUCCCGCCCAGCAUCAUGGGCCACAGGAAAUGGGUCCACGUAAAGUCGGAAAGGCGCGCAGAUUGCAGGGGCGACGGGUCCCUCUUUAGCGGGGACCCUGCGGUCCCUGACUCUGAGCAGCUGAAACUUACCCAUUCCCAGGCCUCGGCCAGCAGGAGCUCCCUGGACCACAGCAUUGAUGAGAAACCGGUGGUUCAGCUGGAGGAGAGCCUGGAGGAGGACCCUCUGGACUUCUACGGUACCUCCAUAGAGGGCUUCUCCACCGACAAGGCCGACGGGACACCGCUUGGACUGAAAGAUGACCUGCUAGAAAGGGCAACCGGGGUUGAGGAGAGUGGUGGUGGGGGAGAAAGAACCCCUGGUGGUCUCCAGGAAGAGACCUCCCACUCGGGCUUCGCCUCAGUGGUCUACAAGCUGUACCCCUGCCAGUGUGGCAAGAGCUUCACCCACAAGAGCCAGCGGGACCGGCACAUGAGCAUGCACCUGGGCUUGCGGCCGUACGGCUGCGCCGUGUGUGGCAAAAGUUUCAAGAUGAAGCAUCACCUGGUCGGCCACAUGAAGAUUCACACGGGCGUCAAGCCCUACGAGUGCAGCCUGUGCGCCAAACGCUUCAUGUGGCGGGACAGCUUCAACCGUCACACGUCCUCCUGCACCAGGGUCCAUCAGGCCCGGUGCGCCGUCAACGAGCAGGCCGCCCAGAUCUGCUGAUCCCAGAUGUUAUUUCCAAACCACCAUUCACCUCGUCUCCCCCCCCCACUAUCCCAUAUCAGUUUCACUGAACAGGCUGCUCAGAUGUGCCUGUCCCGAGAUCAGAUUAAGACAGUGCUGCUUGGAUGAAAACCUUCCAAUCAGUUUAGCUGGAUUUAGAAUUAUAUAUCCGAGCAGCGGCCUGAGCCACCGACGCAUUACAUAUAACUUAUCCAAGAUCAGAAUCCUGGAAAGCUUUGUAGUCUAGUCAGAUCUGAUUGUGUGGAAUUAGAACAUUAGGUUUUGCGGUGUGUGGACGGCUAUACACAGCAUUCUGAAAGUAUUCAGACCCCUUGACUUGUUAUGUUUCAGCCUUAUUCUAAAAUGUAUUAAAUAGUUUUAUUCCUCAUCAAUUUACACACAAGACCCCAUAAUGACAAAGCAAAAACAGGUUUUUGCUAAUUUAUUAAAAAUUAAAAAUAUAAAUAUCACAUUUACUUAAGUAUUCAAAACCCUUUACUCAGUACUUUAUUGAAACAUCUUUGGCAGCGAUUACAGCCUCGAGUCUUCUUGGGUAUGAUGCUACAAGCUUGGCACACCUGUAUUUGGGGAGUUUCUCCCAUUCUUCUCUGCAGAUCCUCUCAAACUCUGCACAGCUAUUUUCAGGUCUAUCCAAAGAUGUUCGAUCGGGUUCAAGUCCGGGCUCUGGCUGGGCCACUCAAGGACAUUCAAGAACUUGUCCCGAAGCCACUCCUGCGUUGUCUUGGCUGUGUGCUCAGGGUCUUUGUCCUUUUGGAAGGUGAACCUUCGCCCCAGUGUGAGGUCCUGAGCGCUCUGCAGCAGGUUUUCAUCAAGGAUCUCUCUGUACUUUGCUCCGUUCAUCUUUCCCUCGAUCCUGAGUAGUCUCCAGUCCCUGCCGCUGAAAAACAUAUCCACAGCAUGAUGCUGCCACCACCAUGCUUCACCGUAGAAAUAGUGCCAGGUUUCCUCCAGACAUAACGCUUGGCAUUCAGGCCAAAGAGUUCAAUCUUUGUUUCAUCAGACCAGAGAAUCUUGUUUCUCAUGGUUGAGAGUCCUAUAGGUGCCUUUUGGCAAACUCCAAGUGGGCUGUCGUGUGCCUUUUACUGAGGAGUGGCUUCCGUCUGGCCACUCUACCAUAAAGGCCUGAUUGGUGGAGUGCUGCAGAGAUGGUUGUCCUUCUGGAAGGUUCUCCCAUCUCCACAGAGGAACUCUGGAGCUCUGUCAGAGUGACCAUCGGGUUCUUGGUAACCUCUCUGAUCAAGGCCCUUCUCCCCCGAUUGCUCAGUUUGGCCAAGCGGGCCAGCUCUAGGAAGAGUCUUGGUGGUUCCCAACUUCUUCCAUUUAAGAAUGAUGGAGGCCACUGUGUUCUUGGGGAACUUCAAUCCAGCCGAAUGUUUUUGGUACCCUUCCCCAGCUCUUUGCCUCGACACAAUCCUGUCUCUGAGCUCUACGGCUUAGUUUUUGCUCUGACAUGCACUGUCAACUGUGGGACCUUUAUAUAGACAGGUGUGUGCCUUUCCAAAUAAUGUCCAAUCAAUAGAAUUUACCACAGGUGGACUCCAAGUUGUAGAAACAUCUCAAGGAUGAUCUUUAUGGGGGUAUUGUGUGUAGAUUUAUAAGGAUUUUUUAUUUAUUUAAUCUAUUUAGAAUAAGGCUGUAACGUAACAAAAUGUGGAAAAAGUCAAGGGCUCUGAAUAAUUUCCCAAAUGCACUGCAGCUACUUAACAGGAGAGAUGUGGAGUGUAUGUAAAUUGACUUUGGAGCAAGAAUGGGUUUGGUCACACAUCCAAUGUGGGGUCUACGUUACCUCAAUGUUCUCACAUAGACACAACCAUAGCCAUUACAUUUACUGUUUAUUAUAAUUUUUUUUUAAUCAUAUAUGGGCCUAUGUGGAUGAGGAUUAUUUUUUUUUUCUUCAGUCCCCCUCAUUAAGAAAGUGUCCCUUUCCUCAGGUGUCUGGAUGUUGGGAGAGCAGUGCUGGUCAUCAUAUCAAUUAGCCAGCGAUGAGUCUUCAUUUUGAAACCUCACUUGUCGUUUGCCAUCCAAUGACUUAUCAUAUCUAUCACUUCAAAAAUAAUUGUGUAUAAAUAUCUUAUUUAUUCAUUUUUUUUUGUGGGGGGGGGGGGGUCGGAUCAUGUAAAUGAGACGAUGUAUCUUGGACAAACUUGUACAGUUGUAGGAAAUGAUGGUAGGUUACAUGAUGGUGAGUAGUGUUUGUUGAGGUGUGCCAAUGUACUGUAGUUAGGUCAAUAAAACACGAGGCUACUGAGCUAUGGAAUAGUGCUUAUGAUAUUGAUUUGUGCGUUUAUUUGCCAUUUUGAACAUACUUACGUUUAAAGGGGCGAUCAGUAGUUGAAACGAUAACAAAGCGUUCUCUCCUCCCCCUGUUUCUGUUAAAAGUUGAGGGAUGGCGCCAGAGAAAUGAAACCACUCUCAAAUUGGUAGACGGAGCUAUGGAUGCUAGGACUGACCAUCCAUGAUAUCAAAAUGAUAUAUAGAUUUAUUUUUUUAGCCCCUUUUCUCCCCAAUUUUCGUGGUAUCCAAUCGCUAGUAGUUACUAUCUUGUCUCAUCGCUACAACUCCCGUACGGGCUCGGGAGAGACGAAGGUCGAAAGCCAUGCGUCCUCCGAAGCACAACCCAACCAAGCUGCACUGCUCCUUAACACAGCGCGCCUCCAACCCGGAAUCCAGCCGCACCAAUGUGUCGGAGGAAACACCGUGCACCUGGCUCCCUUGAUUAGCACGCACUGCACCCGGCCCGCCACAGGAGUCGCUGGUGCGCAAUGAGACAAGGAUAUCCCUACCGGCCAAACCCUCCCUAACCCGGACGACGCUAGGCCAAUUGUGCGUCGCCCCACGGACCUCCCGGUCGCGGCCGGCUGCGACAGAGCCUGGGCGCGAACCCAGAGUCUCUGUUGGCACAGCUAGAGCUGCGAUGCAGUGCCCUAGACCACUGCGUCACCCGGGAGAAAAUGAUAGUUUUAACCAUGGUUUGAGGAUAUAUAUUGUGUUGGUUUACAUUGUUUGUAAACAUUGGAGUAAAACAAGCGUAUAUGUUGGGUUCUGAUGGGGGUACGACAGUUGAACUAAGCUCAGAGGCAUUUAUAAGUUAUAUUCUUCAAGUCCAAAAAUGGAUGUAGCAAUUGCAGAUUGCCCCUUUUUUAAUGAGAUAUACAUUUAAAUUUUGGAAAUACCAUUAUUUGAGGCACUCCAAAUAUGUACAGUGGCUUCAGAAAGUAUUCCUAUCUCCUGACUAAUUCCACGUUCAGUUGUGAAUUCAAAAUGGAUUACAUAGAUAUUUUCUCACCCAUCUACACACAACACCCCAUAAUAACAAAGUGAAAACGUGUUUCUUUGGACAUUUUUUGCACGUUUAUUGCAAAUGAAAUACAGAAAUAUCUCAUUUACAUAAGUAUUCACAACCCUGAGUCAAUACUUUGUAGAAGCACCUUUGGCAGCGAUUAUAGCUGUGAGUCUUUCCAGGUAAGUUUCUAAGAGCUGUUCACACCUGGAUUGUGCAACAUUUGCCCAUUAUUAUAAUUCAAAUUUCUUCAAGCUCAGUCAAAUUGGUUGUUCAUCAUUGCUUGACAACCAUUUUCAGGUCUUGCCAUAGAUUUUCAAGUAGAUUUAAGUCAAAACUGUAACUCGGUCACUCAGGAUCAUUCACUGUCUUCUUGGUAAGCAACUCCAGUGUAGAUUUGGCCUUAUGUUUUAGGUUAUUGUACUGCUGAAAGGUGAAUUCAUCUCCCAGUGUCUGGUGGAAAGCAGACAACCAGGUUCUACUCUAGGAUGUUGCCUGUGCUUAGCUCCAUUCUGUUUAUUUUCAUCCUGAAAAACUCCCCAGCCCUUAACGAUUACAAGCAUACCUAUAACAUGAUACAACCAACACUGUGCUUGAAAAUAUGGAAUGGUACUCAGCAAUGUGUUGUAUUGGAUUUGCCCCAAACAUAACACUUUGUAUUCAGGACAAAAAGUGAAUUGCUUUACCACAUUUUUUUUGCAAUAUUACUUUAGUGCCUUGAUGCAAAUAGGAUGCAUAUUUUGGAAUAUUUGUUAUUCUGUACAGGCUUCCCUCUUUUCCACCUGUCAUUUAGGUUCGUAUUGUGGAGUAACUACAACGUUGUUGAUCCCUCAGUUCUCCCCUACCACAGCCAUCAAACUCUGUAACUGUUUUAAAGUCACCAUUGGCCUCAUGAGCGGUUUCCUUCCUCUACGGCAACUGAGUUAUUAAGGACGCCUGUAUCUUUGUAGUGACUGGGUGUAUUGAUACACCAUCCAAAGUGUAAUUAAUAACUUCACCAUGCUCAAAGGGAUAUUCAAUGUCUGCUUUUUUAUUUUUACCCAUCUACCAAUAGGUGCCCUUCUUUGAGGCAUUGGAAAACCUCCCUGUAUUUUGUGGUUGAAUCUGGGUUUGAAAUUCACUGCUCAACUGAGUGACCUUACAAAUAAUUGUAUGUGUGGGGUACAAAGAUGAGGUGGUCAUUAAAAAAAUCAUCAACUUAUUAUGUAACUUGUUAAACCAAUUUUUACUCCUGAACUAAAUUCAGGCUGUAACACAACAAAAUGUGGAUAAAGUCAAGGGGUGUGAAUACUUUCUGAAGGCACUGUAUAUAUAUGAGGCACUCAAACCUAGUUUGAACUAGAGCAUGACUUUCUAGUGACUUUUUGCCAGUAGGCUACUUGUUAGCUAGCCUACAUGUUCGUACAGUCAGCCACAUAAAGAUUGUGUGUAACAUAAUACAACAAAGCUUGUAUACCUCUUUUUAAAUGAUGCCUGGCAUAAAUCAUAAGACUUUUGCGUUUCAAGUCUGCUGUUUUAUGCUCGCUAGGUUUGUGAUAUAUUUAACCGGAAACCUCAAUGACAUAUAGUACCAGACAAAAAUGUGCAAACACCUACUCAUUCAAGGGUUUUUCUUUUUUUUUUUUUACUAUUUUCUACAUUGUAAACUAUGAAAUAACACAUGGAAUCAUGUAGUAACCAAAAAAGUGUUAAACAAAUCAAAAAAAUAUUUUAUAUUUGAGAUUAGUAGCCACCCUUUGCCUUGAUGACAGCGUUGCACACUCUUGGUAUUCUCUCAACCAGCUUCAUGUCACCUGGAAUGCAUUUCAAUUAACAGGUGUGCUUUGUUAAAAGUUAAUUUGUGGAAUUUAUUUCCUUCUUAAUGCAUUUGAGCCAAUCAGUUGUGUUGUGACAAGGUAGGGAUGGUGUCCAGAAGAUAUCCCUAAUUGGUAAAAGACCAAGUCCAUAUUAUGGCAAGAACAGCUCAAAUAAGCAAAGAGAAAUGACAGUCCAUCAUUACUUUAAGACAUGAAGGUCAGUCAAUAUGGAAAAUUUCAAGCACUUUGAAAGUUUCUUCAAGUGCAGUCGCUAAAACCAUCAAGCGCUAUGAUGAAAGUGGCUCUCAUGAGGACCGCCACUGGAAAGGAAGACCCAGAGUUACCUCUGCUGUAGAGGAUAAGUUCAUUAGAGUUACCAGCCUCAGAAAUUGCAGCCCAAAUAAAUUCUUCACAGAGUUCAAGUCGCAGACACAUCUCAACAUCAACUGUUCAGAGGAGACUGUGUGAAUCAGGCCUUCAUGGUUGAAUUGCUUCAUAGAAACACUACUAAAGGACACCAAUAAGAAAAAUAGACUUGCUUGGGUCAAGAAACAUGACCAAUGGACAUUAGACCAGUGGAAAUCUGUCCUUUGGUCUAAUGAGUCCAAUUUUGAGAUUUUUGGUUCCAGCUGCCGAUUCUUUGUGAGACGCAGAGUAGGCGAACGGAUGAUCUCUGCAUGUGUGGUUCCCACCAUGAAGCAUGGAGGAGGAGGUGUGAUGGUGUGGGGGUGCUUUGAUGGUGACACUGACACUGAUCCUAAUAAAAUACCAAAUACCUGUCAGUGAUUUAUUUAGAAUUCAGUGCACACUUAACCAGCAUGGCUACCACAGCAUUCUGCAGCGAUAUGCCAUCCCAUCUGGUUUGUGCUUAGUGGGACUAUCAUUUGUUUUUCAACAGGACAAUGACCCAAAACACACCUCCAGGCUGUGUAAGGGCUAUUUGACCAAACAGGAGAGUGAUGGAGUGCUGCAUCAGAUGACCUGGCCUCCACAAUGACCCGACCUCAACCUAAUUGAGAUGUUUUGGGAUGAGUUGAACCACAGAGUGAAGGAAAAGCAGCUAACGAGUGCUCAGCAUAAAAUAUAUUUUGUUUUGUUGAUUACUACAUGAUUCCAUAUGUGCUAUUUUCAUAGUUUUGAUGUCUUUACUAUUAUUCUACAAUGUAGAAAAUAGUAAAAAAUAAAGAAAAACCCUUGAAUGAGUAGGUGUGUCCACACUUUUGACUGGUACUGUAUACUAAAACUUCAGCAUAUUUAUCAUCAAGUGUUUAACUAUAUUUUUGGGAAGUAGGUAUAAAUAAAUGUAAGAUAACUGUACCCGUAGUUUGUAGUGACACAAAAUCUGCUAAUCAACAUAUUGAAUAUAGUUUAUAUGGUUUCUUACUACUGAUAUACUAAUGAUUGAUUUUAGAUAAUUUAUGACUGUUUUGACAUUGUUGCUAUAUUGUUAUUUAUAACUUAAUUUUUGAAUGAGCGUGGGUUCCCGAUUUUAAGAUGAUUCUUGAAGAAUGAAGGUGAAAUUGUAAAAAAAUUAAUAAAAAAAAAGGGAAUAUUGGUACUUAUACCAGAACAAGGAAUUUGCCACAAUCUGUCCAACCAAUAACUUGUGUGGUUUUAGGUUCAAAUGUUAUUUAUGCUUCACGUCAUUUUUUGGGGACCUGUCAGUUUGGCAGAAUUGAUUGACCUCUAUUUGUACUGCUUUAUAAUAGGAACGUUUUUUGUUAGAAAUGUUUUUAAAUGAACCUGGACCAACAAAGGUAUUGCAAAUGUCUGGAACACGUCAUUUCUCAUUACUUUGCAGCAUUUUUUAUUACUGUUAUACAAUGGUAUUUUUGUAUCGGCUGCUAACGAUAACAAAAUAGAAUCAUUUUAAAGUAACAGUUGUUAGUCUUUAUCAUGUGAAGCUAACUUUGGUGCAGUUACUGCAAAGUCUGAACUAUAUGCAUAUGGAAUUUGAAACUAUGCUAUUUGCUUACGUUUGACUUUUAUCAGAAGUUCUGUAGUUGUUUUUGAGGGUCAUCUGGGGAAAUCGAAUUAUCAAUUGAAAAUGAAUAUCUUAGAAUGAUAGGCUUGUGUGUCGUUAAUGAAAGUGGACAGUGAGAUUCUGCUCUAGUAGCUACUUUCAGGAAGAUGUGAAGUCAGUUCCAAAUAUUGGUAAAGAUGAGCAAAACAAAUUUUGAGCUAUAUUGUAUGCUAAAAAAAAAUCGGAAAUGUAUAUUAUACCAAUACAAUUGCUCAGAGAAAGAGAGAGAGAAAAAAAUGUAACCUUUAUUUAACUAGGCAAGUCAGUUAAGAACAAAUUCUUAUUUACAAUGACGGCCUACCGGGGAACAGUGGGUUAAACUGCCUUGUUCAGGGGCAGAAUGACAGAUUUUUACCUUAUCAGCUCAGAGAUUCGAUCAAGUAACCUUUCCGGUUACUGGCCCCACACUCUAACCACCUGCUGUUUUAACAAGUAAUACGUUUUUCUCAAAAACAUAGAUAACUGCACUGAGCCUUUUUCUAAAAAUGUCUUAUGAGUUGCAGAACACAGUGGGAGUGAACUCAAUACAUAAUCUUUCCAGAUCCUUGAUAUCCUUUGUCUGUACUUAUGGACUGUCCUCUUCAAUUGAAACCACAGGUUUACAAUGGGGUUCAAGUUUCGAGACUAAGAUGGCUAUUGCAAAAUGUUGCUUUUUAUGGUCUAUUAACAAUUUCUUUGUGGAUUUUGAUGCUUUGGGUUAUUGUCUUGCUGGAAGACCCACUUGUGGCCAAGUUUCAGCCUCCUGGCAAAGCGAACCAGGUUACAACUAUAUUACUGGAAAAAUGAAAAUCCGACUCUUCAUUUUGAGGAUAAAAAAACAGAAGGAUUGGACAAUAGUACCAAUUGAGUUUGUUUGGGAUGCGUCCCUAUAUUAGUGAUUAAAUUAAAACUACCUCACGGAAAUUAGCAUAUUUAUUUUACUAUCUAACGAUAGUUGCUCAUAGUUUUCCAGAACCAUUUCCUAACCCUUGCUUUGUCACCAUUUUGAGAUUUUCUUCUUAUAGAAGAACUUUGUGAAUGUUUUGUACAAAAAUAAAUGUUUUCAACAAUAAACGUUUUUUCCCCACCGUGUAA